AUGAGGGUGGGGCUGACCACCACCACCAGCCACAGACCUACCUGGAGCCUCGGUGUCUGCUCCAGAAGAAGUGGCAGACGGGAGGAUGGGCACGAGGGCAGGAGGCCUACAAAGAGCCAGCAGGUGGUCACUGGGAAGCUCUGUGGGCCAAUGCUCAUCGACCUGCGCUACCGACCGCCGGCUGAGGAGGGCGCUGUGGCCUCCGGGAUCCCGUCGGCCGGCGAGGGGACGACAGCACCGCGAGCCGUGCCGCAUGCGCAGCAGCAGGAGGCGAGGGGCUGCUGCGCGAAGUCUUCCCGAGGGAAAUCCAGUUCUCAACGAGGGCGCCGGCCCGGCGGCUCUGUCGCUCUUGGCGUUGCGUGGGCGGCAUCUUGGGGCGCAGAGGAGCCAACGGCAUCAUGCCCGCCAGCACUGGGGCCAGAGACGCGUCUUCUCCGGACGGCCCUCCGGCAAGAGGAAAAGGGUGGAGGCCACGCCCCCGAAAGGCGGAAAGACUGUAUCCCAGUUGGACAGCACAUGCCAGGGACUCAUUUCAUCGCUGUCAAAGUUCUUUUGAAAAAGCUGGAGGAAGCGCCGAGGGAUCACUGGAACUCUGGACUGAAGCUGUCACUGAAAUGCCCCCAGCCUCAGGUGGUGGGUUACCCUCCAGCGUCUGGAUAUGUCCGCUGCUGCAGGUCUUGGGGAAUUCUGGACCUUGCGGCAGACAAAAUGUCUGGCUUGGAGGCUGCAAACCAGGGAAGUCUCCGUCCCCAGCGAAGUCUCCAUCACUACCAAGGAACAAGGAAGAAGUCAGUCUUUGGUGUUUGCUGGCUCAUUGACCUGUGCUACCCACUGCUGGCUGAGGAGGGCGCUGUGGCCUCCAGAAUACCGUCGGCUGGCGCGGGGACAGCAGCACCGCGGGCGGUGCCGCAUGAGCAGCAGUGGGAGCCGAGGCGCGGUGGCGUGAAGUCUUGUGGAGUCAUCCUGUCGGAAAUCCAGUUUUCGCCGAGGGCCCCGGCCCGGUGGCUCUGUGGCUCUCUGCGUUGCGUGGGCGGCACCUUGGGGCGCAGAGGAGCCAACGGCAUCAUGCCCGCCACCACUGGGGCCAGAGACGCGUCUUCUCCGGACGGCCCUCCGGCAAGAGGAAAAGGGUGGAGGCCACGCCACCAAAAGGGCUUCCUGAAGAAUGAGAAGGACAAUGCCCUGCUGUGUGCCAUUGAAGAGUCCCGGAAAAGGGUAAGAAACAAGUCCAGAUGUAGAUGUGUACCGUUGUGAGGGCAGCACUGUAUAUUGGGGAGUGCGGGUUAGUUCACCAGAGGGAGUUCUGCAGGCACCACGUUUGCAGAAAAUACCAUGCUUGUAACUAUGUGUGUUUAGUGACUGAAAUGCAUCUGAAACACUGGACUGGUCAAUUAAUUAUUAGUCUUAAAAUGGAAGGGCCAGGCAAUUCUUUGCUUUCAUUGUUAUGGUAUAAAUGGUAUUUUGGUUUCUAUGAAUCAGCAGUUCAGAAAAGCAAUUAAGCUCCUUGGUGAUUUUCCUCAGUUUCUUUUUCUUUUAUCACACAAUUUGCCUUUCUGUGCUACCUUUUAUAUUAACAAUUUCUCCAAGCUCUUAAAAAAAAAAGGAACCAGCUUGGUAUGCAAAAGGCUGGUAAAUAAGUCAGUCCAAGCAGCCAUUAUAUGUGCAACAGUAUUUUUGCAGCAAGCAUUCCCUCAAGGUAUGCAGAGAUCAUUUACUUUACUAACAUGUGAGUUAUCUCCAUUUGUUUCUGACAAGGAUUAAAAGAUCAAAACCUUUCCAAAACAUUCCAUUACGGAGUACGAGAGUUUUCCAGCCAUUUUCCAGCCAUUGGGAUCUUUUGGCGAGUGGGAAAGAAGAUUGGCAAUCAUGUGGAGCUGGUUCUAAAAAUGUAUCUUUUCCCAGGAAGGCUGCUGGAGGGUUCAUGCUAUUCUGUCCACAGUGGCUGUCUCUGCAGGAUAAGGGUGAAAGGGGACCGCUGUUUGUCGGCUAUAUAACCCUUACACAGGUGAAAUAAAUGAUGCAUCAUUUAUGUAGUUUAAAAAAUAAUAAAGUAAAAAAGUGCUGCUUUCAGUUCGUUUUAUUAAAAUGUUCUAUGGAGGUGGACAUGUCUCAAUAGGGCUGAUCUGAGUGAGAUAGGGCAGCAAAGGGCUUGCCAGCCCUAAUUCAUAAGAAAAUGUUCCGAAGGCAUAAUUUAAAUGACUGAUACGUUCAAUUAUCAGAGUGAAAUUCCCUAAAAUUUCAUCAGUUACAUUUUUGGCAAUAGUACUUACACCUGAAAAUAGAGAAAUUCAAUUGAUUCAAAUUUGAAUAUGAUUUUAAAAAGAGAUUUUUUUCUUCUUUGUUUAUACUUUGAGUUACUCACCAACACUGAUUCUCCUGCUAUAAAGGACCAAUGAAACUAAAUUAAAACUGUUGAAUGUUACCAAGACUUAUUAAUCCAUUUAUCCUGUGGAAUGUGUUUCUGGAAUUGGCAGUCUCCAAACAUUGUGCCAUACUGAGAAUAAAUGUGCAGCCAGCCAAAACAAAAUGUGUGCAUAUGUGUUUAUGAGGGAGAUAUUCCCAUGUUGGGAGGCAGCCUUGGGAGAGACCUUUCACCUGUCUGGACACCAAAAGACUGCCAAUAAGCAAGAAUCAUUUUCAAACAAAAAAUGAGCGGCUUCCUGGCUGUGGAUAAAAUGAGAGUUCCUGUGGCCAGGAUUCUCACCUGGCCCUGGUUGACUUGCUCACUGCACACCUGUGGGCAAUACGUGACUAUUGACUCUAUAUAAAGAUCUCCACACAGUGCUAUGGGUGCGACACAGUGGCAGGGCUGCAAGGUGCAGGAGAGCAGAGCAGAAGCUGGAGUGGUGGCAGCGCCGAGGACAGAGGCCCAAAGGACGGCUGUGUGGGACAACUGUGCAGAGAGGCCCAGAGGAUGGCUGUGUGGGAUGACUGUGCGGGACAGCUGUGCAGGCAGAGAGGCCCAGAGGAUGGCUGUGCGGACAGAGGGGCCCAGAGGCAGAGACCAGCUUGCUACAUGCAGACUCGCUCUGAGUGAAUGGGAUUCUAGUGACUGACCUGCCACCUGGAAAUAAAGUUGGGUAUAACCCUUUCACCCCAAAGAGCGUUCCGCUGUUUCUUUGGUCACAUUGAAUCCAUAGCAAAUUUGCCUGGGGCUGAAACUCAUUGGCAAGACAAUUGGCAAAACAUUGAAACACAAGUAUAGUUUCUAAAAACCAGCAAGAGCUCGAUAGUAAGUAGGUGUGAAGUCAAAGCAUAUUGCCCUCUUCCCUUUAUGAAAAUGGGGUUUAAGUGCUCCCCACCUGUUCUUACUUCAGUUGCCCAGUUCUCUCCCUGCCUUCCUUUCUUAACUUUGUUCAAAGAGAUACAUUUCCACACUUAACCUGAAAGAUUCUAGUUUAAUUUACAAUAGUUUCUCCACAACUUUGUCAUUUCCUAUGGCUUAUCUUGCCUUCCUUUUAAUUUUUAGACCUCACAUACUUUCCAAGGUUAUCCCUUUUCUCUUCUCUCGGGUUUCCUUCCUUCUUGUCCUGCUGUUCCCUACCUCCCGCCUCGCCUCAGACCCACAUUCUCUUCCUCUUCUCUUAGUUCUUAGUUUAGUAGCUCUGUUGAUUCUCUCCUUAGCUCUUCUAGUUGGCAUUCUUCUUGGCACCUAAUUCAGUGGUUCUGAAAUGGGUCUAAAGGGAAUAGGCUGGGAUAGGGCAGAUGGGUGGCUGAUCACCCCUGAUUAGCCCACAAAUUGGAUGUUCCAUUAU